UGUUGUCAUUAGACGUGACCGCGGGAAGCAGAAACAUUAAAUAAAUUUGAAUAAAUGUCAACUAGUAGUAUUUCCUUCGAAAUGUCGCACAGAACGCUGCUAUCCUGCUAAUUAUUGUUAUAAAUGAUAUCAAUAAUUUGAACGGCUAAUAUUAGGCAGAUGCCAUCGAAGCAGCAGUUUGAGAAAGCCGCUUGGCAGUGGGCAGAAACGACUGAGCCAGCGCAAGUGAAUGAAACACACCUCAAUCUUGCCUAUCGUAUCAAUGAGAAGGCUUGUUCUAAAAAUGCUUGCAGGAGAAACUGCAGAGGAAACCCAAAUUGUUUGACUGGACUUGGUGAAAAGGAUUGGUUAGGGACCAUUGAUGAUGAAUACUGGCUAGAGAUUGAAGAUCCAAAUGAGGAGAAACGGCCUGAGGGGUCGUUUGUUGGUCUCAAAAACCUUGGUGCAACUUGUUAUGUAAACACAUUCUUACAGGUUUGGUUUCAUAAUGAGGAUUUUCGAAGAGCUUUGUAUCAAUGGACACCUGUUAAAGGUAAUAGCAAUGGAACCCUUACAGAAGGCAGUGUGUCAGAGGCAACUGAAUCGGCCCCAUCUACAGUUUCAGGUCACUUGCAACUUAUCUUUGCUCUUUUACAAUAUAGCAGAAGGAGGUAUAUUGACCCAUCAGACUUUAUAAACUGCUUAGGUCUUGAUACGGCACUGCAGCAGGAUGCACAAGAGUUUUGCAAGCUUUUGUUGUCACUGUUGGAGGAUACUCUGUCACGGGAUCCAAACCCACUGGUGCAACGAAUCAUUCAGGACCAAUUCUGUGGACAGUAUGCAUAUACAACAAGGUGCAAUAAUUGUUUGACAAGUUCAAGCAGGCCAUCAAGAUUUUAUGAACUUGACCUCAACAUUAAAGGUCACAAGGAUUUGAAUGAAUGUCUUGAAGAAUUUCUGCAGGAAGAACGACUGGAAGGUGCAAACCAAUAUUUCUGUAGUACUUGCAACUCAAAACAGAAUGCAGCUCGUAAGAUACAGUUGCAGGAUCUUCCACCUGUCCUCAACUUGCAGCUGCUGCGAUUUGUAUUUGAUCGGCAAACUGGCAUGAAAAAGAAGCUCAACACUUAUAUUCAGUUCCCAGAAUUCUUAAAUCUCUCAGAAUAUUUUACAAAUAAAGAUGUUGCUGUUGAGUACGAGUUGAAGGCAGUUCUUAUUCACCGUGGACCGUCUGCCUACUCCGGACACUUUAUCGCUCAUAUACGGGAUGAAAAAAGUGGAUCAUGGUUUAAAUACAAUGAUGAACAGAUAGAAAAAAUUGAGGGAAAGAAACUGAAGCUAGGAGCAGAGGAAGACCUGCAAGGUGCUGGUACAAGUCAGCCAAAGAGACCACGUCUGACCAAAGGUAGCCAUGCCUCAAGGAAUGCUUACAUGUUGGUCUACAAGAGGAAGGAACCGGAAAAUAGAGAUGGUAACCAUAGCAAUGAGUAUACAGAGAGCACUUCUAAUGUGGAACCUGAGAUUCCUGAGCACCUACAGGAGAUGGUUCUGUUGGAUAAUCAGAAGUUUGAUGAAUGGAUCUUAGAAAUGAAGAAGAUGCGAAAUGCUAGUGUUGAAACUGGUAAAGCAAGGCACAAUGAAAUCCAACAUAUAUAUAAACUACUGCCAGUGAGUAACGAGGCAGAGUUUGAGUGGCUGAAUGGAGACUGGAUUAAAGCUUGGCUUGGUGAUCAGGACACCUUCAACUCCAAACCAGACAAUUCGGUCAUGAUGUGUUGCCAUGGAAACUUAAGCCCGGAGAAGAUGAACAUUGCAAAGCGGAUAGAUAUAAAGGCGGCCGACCUGAUAUAUUCCAAAUUUGGGGGAGGACCUAGACUGUGUGGUGAUCACUUGUGUAUGCCCUGUGUCAAACAGAGGUGUAGUAAAAUCAGAUUGGAGGCUAAACUUAAGGAUGACAGUAAGAUAAUCUCUGAGCUGACCAAAGUUAAAAUUGAUGGAGCUGAAGGUUAUUGGGUUGGAAAGGCAUCACUAAGGGCUUGGAGAAGGCUUGCAAUGCACAAAAAUAACUUAGAGAGUAUGGGUGAAGACACUUGCCAAAACUCUGUUUCAGAAAUUGAUAAAGAACCAUCAGACGAUACUCAUACUCUCAGAGAAAAUAAAGGAAGCACUGGAGAAGAUGAAGAUGAAGAAGAUGAAAGAGAGAGGAAAGAAUUCAACAGUGAAAUUGUUUGUGCUCAUGGUAAUCUUAGCACAGAUGCAAGUCUACGAAGGCUGAUUCCAGUCGCAGCUUGGACUGUGUUGAAAAAACAUUUCCCUGAUGCUCCAGAGUUUUACUAUGAUGAACAAAUGUGUCGCAUAUGUAUGGAAAUUGACCAAGAAGAUGAGCAAGUGAGUAGCCUCAACAAAAUGUUGGCUGCAGAUCAGAAGGCUGCCCUCUUGCAAUUGUACUUGGAUAAGAACCGUCCCCAAUGGGAUAAAGAGGACGUACGGGAGGUGGUUUUCAUAAGCAAGUUGUUUGUGGAGGAAUGGCGUAACUUUGUGAAGCAGCCAUUGCGUCAUGAGAGACCCAGUAUCAUUGAUAACUCCAUCUUCCUCUGCCCGCAUAGUCUUCUACUCGUCAAGCCCGAUAUUCAAGACGAGAAUAUUGAAGAAAUUUUGUGCUUACUAUGGCCGUGGGAGUGGACUGUUCUUGUAAAUAGCUACCCUGUCAACACAAUAAUCUGCAUGACUAAAAUAAAAGAUAAAGAGACACUUAUGGACACUGUGCAAUCUGACCCUGACUUUUGCUCUGAGUGCAUUGCUGCGAGAGAUAGACAGGAAGCAGAGGAGAAGAAGCACUACGUCGGAGCCAAGAUCUACCUACGCAAGGUCACAGAUGUUGUUGACAAGGCAGCUUUCCUUGACAAGCUCAUCCCAGGGGAAGAAAAUAAUUCUGAUCCUGAUUUCUCACAGCUUUCAAAUGAAUCUAGAAAAAGAAAAUUAUAUGACAGUACUUCUAAUGGAAGGAGAAGUUCGAGGCACCGGAGAGUCAGAGGUGAGAAAGAGGUCGUAGUGUCAUCCACCAAUACACUGAAAGAAUUAAAAGUUAAGGUGAUGCAUGCAUUUUCAGUAGCUCCAUUUGAUCAGACCUUAAUGCUGGAUGGAGUUUGUCUCACCAACCACAAGAAUGACACCAAAUUAGCAGACCUAGGGAUUUACCCACAGUGCAUUAUUUCUGUUAAAGUUGAUUCCCCUUGUGAUGAAGCAAGCUUUCUUGAAGAGGUCUAUGAAGCUUCAAGUAAACCUGAAGCAGGCUUUACAGGUACCGGCCUUCUGGGAAGCUCAUGAUACUGUCGUAUUGAGAUUUUUAAAUUUUUAUAUUUACUGUGGCUACACAUGAUGGAUGGUUGUUGCUUAACUUUCUUGUCAAGUUCUUCUGUGGAAACGGUGUAUAACUGUUAAAUGUGUGUUGACAAUAAAACCGACAAAAUUGCUAGUUAAUACUUUCAUAAUUAAGUCAUUAGGUCUGGAGCUGUCAGUUCAAAUUUAAGUGUAUUAUGUUUAUAAUAUAAAACUAUUUAUCAUAUAAUAUAUGACCAAAUACAAUGUUAUUUCUUUGAGACUGUUUGCAUGGCAGAUUUUGUAACUGUUUACUAUGUGUUUGAUGUUGUAUAAACUUUGCAAUCUGUGCAUGCUCACAACAGUUUAAAAGCCUAGUUUUUUCAGUUGUGAAAUACCACACCUCCAAUUGAUUCUAAUGGAUUUAAGAAAUCUAUAACCCACGAAGUUAUAUACCUUUCCAAAGCUAAUUUAAUAAUAAUAGAGUACUGUAAUUAUAUACUGUAGUUCAUUAUUCUGGGUCCAAAUGUCAUGUUUCAUCAAAUUCAAACAGAAUGGGAAGGUACAUUUGUGAUAGUUUGUGAUAUUAUAAGCAACUGUAUUUCCCCUUCAUAAAAUUUGAGGCGAAAACUUAAAUAUCAAAGGUUAUAUUCAGACUUGACAUAAAGCAUAAAUUUUGCCUCCAGGUUAAUUGCUUUGAAAUCCAGGCUUGUGUCUUAGCCAUCUUUACAUUGGCAUUAUUCAAAGUUGUCUUGGCAAUGAAAUAUUAUCCAGACCACUUUACUACUAUGUAAGACAUUUUGACCUAAGGUUACAGCAAGACACAUGCAAAUACCUUGCAAACACCUUGGAAAGAGUGAGUUAAUUUUGGCAUCUUGCCUGGGUUAACUUGCCUGCAUUAGGGUAAGUAUAUGAAUAUUACAAGGCUUCUUGACAUAUGCCUGGCUUAUAUCUUAACUCUAAAUGUAACCUAUGAUUAAGAUGUUACCCUGAAAACUAGCCACUGCAUGUAAGCCUAAUAUUAUUUUUUGUUCGUCCAAGUGUUUACUUGAAAAUAAUUUUACAUUAAUUGGAAAUUCAGAGGAGGGUGAUUUGUUGCUCUUAGGCAUUGCGCAAUAUGGAUAUGUUACUACCAUCACUACUACGGUGAAGGGAAAGUGUGUUUUAUCAAUUUGAAAGGUUAAUACCAUUACUGUACAUGCAUUGAUCAAAUGAACAGAUCGUAAACAAUUGUUCAAUACAUUAUAUUGUUGCAAGUGUUACCAGAUUGUGCUGUUUCAGCAAAUAUCUUUAUUGUCAUUUGAAAAUAAAGAAUAAUGCCAAUCUGUCACCUAA